AGCACAGAUACAGGCUUUCAUACAUCAGCUAGAGCAGGUUGCUUUUUAGAUCUUUUCUCACCGGCGGAAAUUUACGCUUUUCUUGAUUUGGAGCAACUUUUAUUCUACUGCUAAUUGACUGGUUUGACAGAUGAAGGUCUAUCAGAGUCUGACUGAGAACAUGCUGACAGUCAACAUGUUACUGAGUGUCUUCUUUCUUCCAGGUGCUUUGACCGUUUACUGUGGUGUUUAUAAUCCUGCCCUCAGGAUCAUUACACCAAAUAACAUGGAAGCUCUGAUUGGAUCUUGUUUGCAAAUCCCAUGUACCUAUAACACAACGGAAAAAUCAUAUAACAGCAGUAAAACUAUCUAUGGAGUUUGGCUGAAAGGUGGUGUAAAUUUUGGGCCAAAUCCAAGCUUUGUUAUUUUCAACAGCAGUGGGUCAAUUAACAACUAUUCACUGAGUAUUACUGGAAACCUGAAAGAGAAAAACUGCACCACUCUGUUUCCUAAUCUAACAGCAAGUCAUACAAACAAAUACUUCUUCAGAGUUGAAAACUGGCCCUUCAGAGCAUCAGCUUGUGCUGAUCCUCUUCAAAUAACAGUUAAAGAUUCUCCUCAGAGUCCCAGCAUUAAUCUUCCCUCUGACCUGAAGGAGCAUCAGUCUGUCAUUGUAACCUGCUCAGCUUUCACUCCCUGUCCACAAUCACCUCCUGAACUCACCUGGAAUCUCCAACAAGACUCUCUCAGACAAACAGAGAAAAACACAAAUGGAACCUUUACAACUAAAAUCCAGAAGAACAUCACUCUGUCAGACACACAUGAUGGAUACAACAUCAGCUGUUCUGCCAGAUAUCCUGUGAUUGCAGGAAACAAGACAGCAGAGACUAAAGUGACUCUCAGUGUUUCAUAUGCUCCUAGAAACACCUCAGCAUCCAUCAGUCCAUCAGCUUUGGUGUCAGCAGGUAGCAGGGUGGAGCUGAGCUGCUCCAGCAGAGCCAAACCCGUCAGCUUCACCUGGUUCAGGAAUGGCUUAAAAGAGUCAGAAAAACAAAAUUACAGCUUCAAUGUCACUGAAGAAGGAGAGUUUUACUGUGUGGCCAAAAAUAACUUAGGAAAUGAAACAUCGUCAAGGAUCUGUGUCAGUAUUAAAGAUUCUCCUUGGAGGCCCAGCAUUAAUGUUCCCUCUGACCUGAAGGAGCAUCAGUCUGUCAUUGUAACCUGCUCAGCUUUCACUCCCUGUCCACAAUCACCUCCUGAACUCACCUGGAAUCUCCAACAAGACUCUCUCAAUCAAACAGAGAAAAACACAAAUGGAACAUUUACAACUAAAAUCCAGGAGAACAUCAUUCUGUCAGACACACAUGAUGGAUACAACAUCAGCUGUUCUGCCAGAUAUCCUGUGAUUGGAGGAAACAAGACAGCAGAGACAAAAGUGACUCUCAAUGUUUCAUAUGCUCCUAGAAACACCUCAGCAUCCAUCAGUCCAUCAGCUUUGGUGUCAGCAGGUAGCUGGGUGGAGCUGGGCUGCUCCAGCAGAGCCAAACCUCCACCCAGCUUCAACUGGUUCAGGAACAGCGGACAUGGAGCCAUGAAUGUAUCUAUGGAGCAGGUUUACAGCUUCAAUGUUUCUAUGGGAGGAGAGUAUCACUGUGUGGCUACAAAUGAUCUGGGUCAACAAAAAUCAACUGUGAUCCUUGUCAGUGUUAAUGCCAACAGACAUUUUGAUACAAUGGGAAUCGCAGUGGGAGUAUCAGUGACCGUCUUCCUUAUUGUUUGCCUCGGUGUGUCUUUUUGGUGCUUUAAGUCCAAACAUUCAAAUCUACAAAAGAGUCAGAGUCAAACAGGCAUUGAGGCUGAUGCUCCGAUGUCAGAAGUCAACCAAACAGAAGGGGAAGUUAAUUAUGGGGAAAUUAACUUCAUCAAAAAGACACCCGAGGCUUCCUCUUCGCCAGUGCAGAGCAGUGACCAGCAGGAGACGGUGUACGCUCAGGUCAAAGUGUCAACGGCGGAAAACUCCUCGACACAGACCGCUGAGAGUCCAGAGAGUCUCUACGCUCAAGUGAAGAAAAAAUAAUGUUUCCUUGUUAAAUAUGAAACACUGAGUUUUAUUUUCUUUUACACAAAUCAAUUAGUUCAUGUCAGACUUUAAGGGAAUCUGCUUCUCUCAAUCUGUGGAUCCUUUUUGUCACUUUUAAUUAAAUGCUUUUCAAUGAUUCAAGAUGAAUGGAUGAAUGAAUGAAUGAAUUAUGUGAUGCAUUCCACCGGAUCAAAGCUAAUGCUUACAUACUGUAUUCCAUAGUUUGAAUACAUUUUAUUAUAUGUUUAUCAAUUAAUGCAACAUAAAUACAAAUGAACAAGUUAUAUAGGCAGGAAAUACUCAUUAUAUGUAGUUGUAAAAAUAAACACCCACACAUGCACAAAUACCUCACACUUUAUUAGGGAAUAUGUCUGAAGAGGAGUAUGGAGAAGUAGAAUUUGUUUAAUCACCGUCCUUCACAUGCAGUGGUUGUUGACAUAAAUAAUCUUCUUGUUUCCGCUGAGUCAAAAAUGCUUCAAAGUCAAAAUUUAAAUGAUAUACAGAUAACCAUAUGCCCACUCUAUCAGUCAAAGACUGCUGAAUAUUAUGAGCUAAUGAAUUUAGCUUCAUACAUCAUCUGCGAUGUUUGAAAUUCUAUCUAAUCGGGCAGUGUGCAAAGACAGGAAAUGAUAAAUAAACUAUUAGUUUGGUCAUAAAAACCAACCCUGGGAACCAUUCUGAUGACUAUUUUUUGAUAUAAGGGUAAUGGUCAAAGUGUUGCCCCAAACUUCAACACAGUAACUUAAAUAUGGCAAAAUUAAGAGCAUAUGACCGCAGUGUGAUUCAGAAAAUGUCUAGAUUUAACAUAUUUUCUGAGGUUUCCAGCAGAUAUUUGAAUUAAAUGUAUUAAUAUUAGUAAUUAUUAUUAUUAUUAUUAUUAUUAUUAUUAUUAUUAUUAUUAUUAUUAUUAAAUGUGUUAAUAUUAAAACCCUCUUUCAGUUUACAUAACUCUGAAUGGAUUUCUGCAAAGAAAUGUUGUGAAUUUUGUUCAAAAAAUAAAUGCAUCGUCUGCAAACAGAACUGAAUUAAGUCUUUUUGAAGCCUCACAAAAAUGAAAUACUGUCCAGAAUAUCAACAGUGUUAGUCCCAAUACUGACCUCUGCAGGCCACCAUAAACAAUGUCCAAGCGUGAUGACAAUAAGUCACCCGCUUCAUUUGUACAAAUUGUUGCCUUUUGUUGAGACAGCUCUUCAUCCAGUGUAGAACUUCUCCUCUUAUACUAAAGCGCUCCAAGUUCUUGAAUAGUAUUUCAUGAUAAAUUGUUUUAUCAAAAACUGUUUUGAAAUGAAGAAAUGUCUUUUUGUCUAACAAGCUGCUGAUUUCUUCUAAUCUUAUUGCUGUGAAUCUUUGUGACCUAAAUCCAUAUCGACUCUCAGAGAGAGUUGAUGUUUACCAAU